CAAGGCGGAGAAUCCCUCUACUUUCGAAAGAGAGAACAGAGUAUCUGUUCGACAUUUUAGAGACCCAAAUGCCCGGUCCCACCCAAGCCCUUUCCCCAAAUGGAGAGAAUAACAACGACAUCGUCCCGGACAACGGAACCAACAUCAUUCCUUACAGGAAAAAUACAGUGCGAGGAGAGCGCGCCUACAGCUGGGGGAUGGCGGUCAACGUAUAUUCUACCUCAAUAACCCAGGAGACUAUGAGCAGGCAUGACAUUACUGCCUGGGUUAACGAUAUUCUUUGUCUAAACUAUACGAAAGUGGAGCAGCUCUCGUCAGGAGCAGCCUAUUGCCAGUUCAUGGAUCUGCUCUUCCCUGGCUGCAUUAGUCUUAAGAAGGUCAAGUUUCAAGCUAAAUUGGAGCACGAGUACAUUCACAAUUUCAAACUGUUGCAGGCGUCCUUCAAAAGGAUGAAUGUGGACAAGAUUAUUCCUGUGGAGAAGCUGGUUAAAGGCAGAUUUCAGGACAAUCUUGAUUUCAUCCAGUGGUUUAAGAAAUUUUUUGACGCCAAUUACGAUGGUAAAGAGUAUGACCCGGUUGAAGCCAGACAGGGUCAGGAUGCCAUUCCUCCACCCGACCCCGGUGAGCAAAUCUUCAACCUGCCAAAGAAGUCUCACCAUGCAGCCAGCUCUCCUACCGCAGGAGCCUCAAGAUCAAGCUCUACUACCCCCAAGACUGCGACACCAACAUCCAGACCCUCGUCAGCCAAAAAGAUCCCAACAACUGCAUCAACUCCUGCCAAAGGAGAGAAGGAACUGGAAGCACAGGUCACACAUCUUACUGAGCAGGUGAACACGUUAAAGUUGGCACUGGAAGGAGUGGAGAAGGAGCGGGACUACUACUUCAGUAAGCUGCGAGAGGUGGAGCUGUUGUGCCAGGAACAGGGUGAAGAAAAUGCUUUCGCCGACCGGCUAAUGGAGGUCCUCUAUUCCUCAGACGACCAGGAACGAGGAGAUCUGGCUGAGGGUGACGGACAGGAAGUGGACCAGCAAGCCCACGAGGAGGCACCAGAUGAUCAGCAGGAGGAACAGGACGAAUACUGACUGCCAUCAUCCUUCACUGCAGUUACACCCUCCUCUUUUUAAAUAUGUGAGAACUGUAAAAGGAUUUUAAUUUUUCCUCAUGUUUUUUUUUUUUUUUUUUUUUUUUUUUUUCUAUGUUUUCUCCAAGACUGAGCACAUGAAGCAACCUCCUGGAUAGAAGCACCAUCACAGUUUUUAUUUUUUGUGUCCCUCUGCUCACUGUUCGGUGUUUUUUCGUGACUUUUGGUGAACUGCUGUGGCAGGUUUGUGGUGACGACCUCCUCCAGCAUACAAGCUCAGACCAUCAAGGAAGUUUGGAAAAGGACUGUGUGGGUGGAAAGUCAGUUCAGGUCCUACAGUAGAUGUGAUUAAAUGCUGAAGUUUAGACAGGUAGCCUGUACCUGUCAGUGCGAGUGUUAACCUCCCAGCUUUCUUUUUUUUUUUUUGUUUCAUUUUGUUUUUAUUUUUCCUAACAACAAUAUUAAUCACAAGAAUGCAAUAAGCCAAGCCCUGGAAGGGCUCGUAGUAGCUCUUACUUAACCUCGUUCCAUACGUUGCACUGACAUUUGACUCUGUACUGGACAAUCUGUCCAUAGACCCUCACCAUAUUUAUUAUUAUUAUCGUUAAGCCUUAGGAAUAGUGCAAGAAUCUGCAUUGCAUCCUCACUAAGGGGACAAUACAGUCAGUGAAUCGUGGUUAAAAUGUAGUAAAUUGCCAACUUAUGACUGUUUUUGCAACUGUCCUCAGAAAUUUCACAUAAUCAAUGUGCUCCACAAUGUGUUACACCAUAUAAGGUGGUUUAGUGAUAGACUUGGUAUGCCAUAAACAUUGGGAAGGAAAAAAAAACAUUAUUGCGGACUAGUCUUAUUAUGAAUCAACAUUUUUUUACAUUUUAAACCUCAGCUGGAACUUGUGGUUUGUUCUGAUUUUCGGACAUUUGGUUCAGUGUGUUUUUUUUUUUUUGUUUUGUUUUUUUAAACACAGGUCUUAGAGACACAAGUCAGUUCACUGAACAAUUUGCCACACUAUAUUCCAGUAACUACAGCAUAUACCCUUUCUUAAUAUUGCAUUUACUAAAAUUGAACAGGGCAGUGCACCACAAUGCUUAAGUCAUAUAUUAUUGUGUAAAUGAAAAAGGAAUGUAAACAUGUACUGUCAAUAAUUAAUGAAUGGUAAAUGUUUUUUUUUAUUAUUAUUAUUUUACGUCCCACUCAUUAUGCAUUCCCCAAAAAACGUGUUGCAUGGUUGCAUUUUAUUUGUGAAUAACUUGACCUGCUUUUUACAUAUUUAAUAAAAAACAAACAUGUUAAGUGAGCUUUUGUAUGUUGAAACUGCUCUUUGAAAGAUGUGGAGAUUCGGAUGGAUUUGCUGUAAUAAAAUACAUUUUGAGUCGA